AUGGCUCAAACAAUGUUAAAUCUAAAUAACUUGCUUUUUUCUUAUAAUGCUUAUCGAGUGAAAUCAGAAUAAGAAUUAAAUGAAAGAUACAAUCUUUUUCAAUAAGCCAUAAAUGAAAAGCAUUCUGAAUAGUUUUUUCUUUUGAACUCAAAAUAUAAUGGAUUAUAUGAAAAAAUUUGCAGGGAGUGCAAGCAGUCAAAGAAAGCCUUCAAAAUCUCUUUCUUAAUAACAAAAGACCAAGAUUAUACAUUGUUUAUUUACAUUAACGAAAAUGAUAAACAAGUCAAAAUCGAAUAUUUACCUCUUAAUACUCUGAGAUAGAUAUCAAAAACAAUUUACAAAGUUGUGCAUAUUGAGAAUUAAUUCGACUCACCCGAAGCUCAUAUUCCAAAGGAAGAGUAGAAUAAGCACGAUAAACUCGACUACUUUGGACAAAGCCUGCUUUUGUUGCCGAAUUAAAAUAUGUAUAUUUUAUAAAUUUAUUUCUAUUAGAGUGAAAGGACGAUUUAGCGAAACAGGGAUUCCGAUUUAAAUUCCAACAAAAAUAAUUUACAAUGGAAGCAAUUGUUUUGACUUAAACUUUGCGACAGAUAAGUAUAUACCGAACAUAAAUGCUUUAACGAUGCAGUCUCAAUACAAAGGGGAAGUUAAUGAUAGAUUAGCUCCAAUAGGUGAAGGAACCUUUUCCAAUCCCAACUUUAAAAUAAGUGCAGUUUUUCAAGAAGGCUUUUACUAAGGUCCCAUUAAGAUUGUUACUCUCCCAGAAAAUACUAUAAAGUCAGUGACAAGAAUUAAUGAUAAAACUUUAUUGCCUAUUUGCUAUCAAAAGGAAAAUCUCAUUGACUAUUACGUAUUCCAAACUAUUUUUGAGGGUAGAUGGAUCAAUCAAAAGGUUAUAGAUUACUACCUAUAUUAUGCGAGUAGAGAUAUAAUUAGAAUACAUGAGAGUGAAAUUGGAAAUUCUAAAUAUCAAAACUAUAUUAUAAACUCUUGCGAUUCUUCAGAUAUAUUUUCUAGUGACAUUUUUGAGCAAUUAUAUUUCUCAACAGAAUUUUGGACGUCUUAUAAGAAAAAUUAUAAUAUUGAUAUUCUUAAUAAGAAGAAUAGAUACAUAUUCGCCUUAAAUAUUGGAAGAUCUCAUUUUGUUGUUUUAGUGUUAGAACAGAAUCAGAAGGGAGAAGGAAUUCUGUACUUGCUGGAUUCGAUACCCAACGAUUUCACUGAAAGUUAAUAGGAAGUAGCAAUCAAGAACAUAAAUAACAUAUUUCCUCAUUUAAAAAUAAUAGAUGAAAAAAAAUUAUAUAGAAUAAAAAAUAUUGAAUAGUAGAGAAAUGGCUAUGAUUGUGGAGUACAUUGCAUCUAUAACUCCCUUUUGGUAUUUAAGGAGUGGAAUAAAGAUAUAAAAGAAAUAGAUUUUGAGAUAAAAAAGAAAGAGUUUAUGGAUAUGAAAGUUGAUUAGAAUAAGAAUUAUGAUAAUAAGGAUAAAACUAAAAUAAGCAAGUUGCGCAGACAUAUAUAUUUUACAAUGAUUAACAAUUAUGCACAUAGCUUGCAUUAUUGA